AAAAACGGUGUUAGCUCCGCAUUUGCACGUGAAGUACAGUCCACCAGCUGCUUUUAGAUUCUUUGCAUGCUUAGCAUCAUUAGCAGGUGUUUGUGUGUGUAUCUGUGUGUGUGAGACAGGUGAGGUGGUAAGGAAUGUAUGCACAAUUGUGGGUGUGUUUAGAGCCGUCUUUGUUUCACACAGUCUCGGGUUGUAUAUAAACCCUGCUGAACCUGUCCAAGACACCCUGAGAAGUGGCUGCUGCUUGUUGAGUGGACUCACACUGUUUCGCUCUGUUGCUCACCUUUGGACUAUGAACAUGCUCCUUAUUUCCGGAUAACUUGGACUUUGUCCUGGUAUUUUCCCUGUAGUUACGCUCAUAUGCUAUCAGGUGCAUUCUUCUGAAUUCACUUAAAGGGUUUUGAGUGUCUACAGGAGGAUUUUCUGGGCCUCCUUGUUGGGAUUGGAGACUACACAUUGAAAAGUUUGAACUUUGAGUGGUGGCGGCCCCCAGCUGCUGGAUAUCUGUUCGAGAUGAUGGAGGAAAUGUCCGUGGCGAUGGCCUGCGAUGCCCAGGUUAUGGACCAGAUGACAGAAGAGGAAAUCCUUGCCUGUUUGGCAGCUGAAACCGGACCUACAUUCACAGUUCCAACAAAGAAAGCAAAACGUGGGGGAGGCCGGCUUCAAAUAAUGGAUGACGAGAAGGAAGACCCUUUAGACAAAUACUUGAGGGAAAACCGUCGCCUUCAGAAGGUCAGCCUACGCCUGGAGCAGGAAAACGACAAUUUGGCCCACAGACUGAUCACCAGCAAGAUCGCUCUGAGGAAUGCUCUGGACAAGGCCGAAGACAGAGUGGACGAGUUGACCAAAGACCUUCUACAAACCCGACAAAAUCUUCGGGCCACAGAAGAAGAGAAAAGAGACAAGGAGGAGGAAGCUGGCAUGCUGAAAGAGGUGUGUCGAAAAGAGCUGGAGAGGACUGAGCAGGAGAUCAGAAGGUCCUCUGUUAUCAUUGCAGACUACAAACAGAUCUGCUCUCAGCUGACUCUGCGCCUGGAGAGACAGCAGGCCGCCCACAGAGAGGAGUUAGUCUCACUAAAGAGUGCAAUACAGGCUUGCUCACACUGCAGACACAUUGCAGAAUCAAUCAAUUCAGAUCAUCAUUCAGAAACGGCAGUGGAAGCAGAAGGACCAAGGUUGAAUGAACAAAGCAGAGAGGAGAAAAAAGAGGGUCCCACACAGGCAGAUCAGAGGAAGGAGGACCAGGAGAAGGAGUCCCUCGGGGCUCAGAUCAGGGAGCUGGAACAGGAGCUGGCACAGACCAAACUGCAAAUGGUUGAGGCCAGAUGCAAGAUCCAGGAAUUGGAGCACCAAAAGGGAGUCCUGGCUCGUGAUCUCCAAGAAGCAAAGAACAGCUGGAUCAGCAAGGCAUUCACCUCCCUGCGAACCUCCAGCGGAGGAGUUCACAGUGUUGGGAUUCAUAAAGACGGCGCUCCCACGGUGCGUUGGCACCUCCAAGGCACCUCCUUCUCUGGCUGGAGCUCCAAGAAGCUGUUGUGGCCUCACAGAGACAGUCGAGAAGAAAAUAGCUGAAAGGCUGGACCGUGUAUGUAGACACGGCAUAAACCUGGACACAAGAGGAGGAUAAGACCUUUGUUGAAGUGCGACUUGAAUUUGACAAUAAAUGAUGUACAUGA